GCUGCGUUCCCACACACACACACCCACGCCCACACAAAUACAUUGCCAGAGUUUUCUGUCACUUUUAGUUAUUCACACACCGACAUCAUGAUUGGAAGAGUUGUUUUUCUGGGACUCCUGCUCAUCUGUGUGGCUGCAGAUGCUGAGGAGAAAUCUGGAUUCCUGAGAAAGCCUUCCUGUCCUGAUGUGGAGCAGAUAGACGCCUGCCCUCUGAACCUCGCCCCUGUGUGUGGCACUGAUGGAAACACUUAUGCCAAUGAGUGUACCCUGUGUGUCCAGAGGCAAGCAACCAAGACGGACAUUUUGAUUGCCAAAGAGGAGAGCUGCUGACCUGCGCAGGGGAUGAAGCCAAAGCUAAAGGAACCAAUCCAGACCUGAUUAUCAACCCAACACAGAUCUGUGCAACAAUAUGUCCCAAACUUUUGUGCCAUUGCAAACAGUAAUAAAACUUGCCCAGCAGUGAACAA